AUGGCUUUGUCUAGUGUAUUAGGUCUAGCCGAGUACGUCCCGACAGGGGAAUUGCGUGCUCGCUCCUGGUGCCUCGAGACUCAUCUACACUCCAACACCUCAGCCUAUACAGAAUCUACAAACAACAUGAUCCUCACAGGCCGCCGAAUCCUAACCCAAAACUUUGUCCGCUCCCUCCUCCAACCAACCCACCAACAACAACCCUGCGGCAUCGACCUCACCCUUCGCCAAAUCUCUAAAUGGACCUCAGCCGCAACAAUAGACUUUUCCAACACACAGCGCCAAGCAGCAAAGACAUCUCUUCUCGAGUUCACCACCACUGCCUUCUCACAGGAGGAAGGAAUAAAAUUAGAACCUGGCGCGUAUUUGGUUGAUUUUAAUGAAUCAGUCCGUAUACCCCUGAAUUGUAUGGCGAGUGUAUUUCCGCGAUCGUCCUUGUGGAGAAAUGGCGUGGGCAUUGUGGCUGGUGUUGUGGAUGCGGGGUAUGAAGGUGCUAUGGGAGCCAUGAUGGAUGUGAGGAAUCCGGAGGGUGUUGUUCUGCACAAAAAUGCAAAGGUGGCGCAGAUUGUGUUUUGUGAGAUGACGGAAAGUGUGAAGGAGGGAUAUAAGGGUGUUUAUCAGUUUGCGGGGGAGAGUGUUGGGCGGGAUGGGACUGCUACAUAA